AACUUGCCACACCACGUCAAGUGUGCCUGCAUUCCACCAAGUAGUGGCUGUCAAUUGGCUUUGGCCGUGCUGCCGAAACCUACCGCGGGCCGUAUGGCGAUUGGGCUCCAUCCGAACGCACUUCGCCGUCUAGGGGCGUCAAGCCCGACCGACUUUCAUUACCUGGUACUUGUCAAUCACUUGUAGCUGACUAGUAACCAUGCAGUCAAGAAGCGCGGCAUUCACGGUUCUGCGGGCUUCGGCCCGUAUGAAGUUGCUGGCCCAGAAUAGGGUGGAGCAUGAACAGCAACUUGAAGACGCCGAGGCCGCUCUCAUUCCGCCUGGCACGGGUGCUGCUGCUCCCCGCGAAAGCUACGAUGGCAGUAGGCUGCCUCAGUCUGGGCCAGCGGCCGAUAUGCGCAAGUCAUUCGCCCGGCGGAGCGACACUAUGCGCCGGGCCCCUCCUCGCUGGUGGCGCAGCGACCUGCGCGCUGUGCGCGAGAUUAUCCUCGGAAACUGGAUUAACCUGCUGCUGCUCAUUACGCCCGUGGGGCUCGCAGCUGGGUACCUAAAGUGGAGCGCCGGCUACGUGUUCACCUUGAACUUCCUGUCGCUGGUGCCUCUUGCGCUGGUGCUGGGUGACGUGACUGAGGACCUGGCGCUGAGAUACGGCUCCGUCAUUGGAGGCCUCAUCAAUGCUACGUUCGGCAACAUCGUGGAGAUCAUCCUGUCCAUCGCCGCGCUGCUGAACGGGCUGUACGGCGUGGUGGCGGCCUCGCUGCUGGGCUCCAUCCUGUCCAACCUGCUGCUGGUCAUGGGCUGCUCCUUCUUCUUCGGAGGGCUGUGGAACAAGACGCAGCGCUUCAACGCAACCGGCAACCAGGCCUCGGGCUCUCUGCUGUUCCUGGCGGCGCUGGGCUUCCUGAUCCCCACCGGCGCCGGGCUGCUGUUCGGCGGCGGCGUGGAGCACGACCACGAGGCGCUGGUGCUGGGCAUCAGCCGCGGCACCGCAGUGGUGCUGCUGCUCUGCUACGCCUGCUACCUGGGCUUCCAGCUGUACACCCACACCGACCUGUUCGAGGACAACGGCGGUCACGAGGAGAUCGGCUCCGACGGCCUGCCUGCGGACGCGGAGGAGCCCAUGCUGAGCCUGGUGGCCUCCGUGGGGCUGCUCACAGUCAUCACCCUGGUGGUGGCGGUGGCCAGCGAGUUCCUGACUUCGUCGCUCGAGGAGUUCAGCAAGACGUCGGGCCUGGGCGAGGCGUUCCUGGGCACCAUCGUCCUGCCCAUCGCCGGCAACGCCUGCGAACACAUGACCGCAGUCAUCGUGGCCACCAAGAACAAGAUGGACCUCUCCAUGGGUGUUGCGGUGGGCUCGUCCAUUCAGGUUGCGCUGUUUGCGGUGCCGUUCGCGGUGGUGGUGGGCUGGGCCACCGGCCACCCCUUCACGCUGUUCUUCGACCCCUUCAGCGCCCUGGCGCUCAUGCUCAGCGUGGCGCAGGCCAACUUUGUGACCGCGGGCGCCACCAGCCAUUGGCUGCUGGGCGUGCAGCUGAUUGCGCUGUACGUGCUCAUCUCCAUCGCCUACUUCUUCAAGUAGAGCAGCUCUGGCGGGGUGCGGCGGGGAGCGCCCGGCCCCGUGCAUACCGCACGGCGCGGGCAAGUAUGGUAUGUGCAGUAGUAGCGAGCACGCGCCGCCACAUGAAGAGCUGCAGUCAAAUGGCACCAUCACGGUGCGCGAAAGGCCACGUGAGUGCUUAAUUAAUAAUGCCUUCCAGUGGUUGGGGGCCUGCGCGCGGCGAGCGGACAGCACGGCCGGCGCCGGGCUGUCGGAAUGUUGCAUGUGUGUUCACACGUCUGUUUAUCGUAAGGGUACUGAACGGACUACUUUGUGCUGCGAUAGCUGAGUCGCUGUCUGGCGUUUGGGAGUGUGAUUCGACUGCUGGUACGCAAAGAAUGAAUGCCGUUGCUGACCUGGUGUGGUGGGCUAGCAUGCAUGGAUGGCCUCGUUAGGCUGUGGUAGCCGAGUCCGGCUCGGCUGCUGCUUUGUGCGAGCAGAUCGUGCUUGGCAGAAAUUGGCAUGGAUGGUGAUAUGACUUGUUUGCUGGUCAAAAGACGGACGUGCAAAGUGCUCCUGCAGGGCAUUGGUGAUUCUUGGGCAUGUGCCAGUGGCGCUCGCGGUACAGGGGUGGGAAAAGCGAGUGCUGCAGGGGCUUCAGAGCUGCGUGCCACGUUGUGGCGCGCCGUGCAGCUCUGCCUGGGCGGCCCGGCUUGAUGAAGCUGUAGCAGGCAUGCACGGCUCUUUUCAUAUACAGUACUUGUAAACUGGUUCCAAU